CGAAGUCUGCAGCAGGCAGCAUAACGUCGAACCAUAAUAUUGUCAGUACACCAGGAUAAUGAUUCAUAUAUGCCGUGCGGAAGACGGCGAAUCAUAUCAGGUCAAUGCUAACUUACGAGACAUUGAGAGGCGAGGAAGCCUCGAGGCCUUCUUGCAUGAGGAGACGGGCGUCGAUCAGGACGCUAUCUUGGCUUACCUUUCGGAUGGUACGCGCUUGCGUACCGACAAUGUUCGUGAGCUAGUGGGUGCCCAUGACCAGACUAUUUAUGUUUUCAACAAGUAUUAUCUGGAUUUUGACUUAAACGACGUACUUCACGAGCUAAGGGUUAACCCACCAUUGCAACCUCCGAUUGAAGAAUCAAUUGCCACAACCCCUCCAUAUCGCCCCUCACAGCUCGCCUCAUCUUACCUCCGCACAGCACAUAUACACCUCGAAUACAUCGUCCAUACCGUGGCCACCCUUCACCGUCAACAUCAAGCAGCUCGAAUUGCAUCUAGCAGCCUCGAACUGAAUGUUCUUGCUAUAGCUGAUGUUUUCGAUGGCAUUGCUGUGACGGCCCGUAAAGACCUCGAGCGCCAGGCUGCGCUCCUUGCAGGUCUGGAUGCGGAUCUGGAAAUCAUAAGCCGCGUGAGGAUACAUGUUGAAUUUAUGUCGCCUGCUGUGAGAAAUGCGAUUGAGAACGGAGAGCGGCCAAGGACGUUGGGUGAUUAUGUGUCGAAUGUCAGGAUGAAACAGGUCGCUGAUGCGUGUGCGAGGACCCAUGAGGACCUUCGGGCACAGUUCCAGGACGCUGAGAAGUCAGCGGCCAGGUUAACAAACGGAACUGAUUCUGUACGCGCAACAGUAAUGAAUACCCAGAUUCUGGACGGUGCAGAAGCGUCAUCCCGUCGGGCGCAGGAGAUCAUUGAAAAGGCAUCAGACGUUGCAGCAGCUCUGGAGAGUCCCGCUACGGAUCCAAAUAACCUUCUACGUGAGCUAAAACAUCUUGAUGGUGCACUGCGAAACGAAGUACAAGACGUUACCGAAGCCAAGAACGCAUAUACCGAGCAAUGUAUCGGUGUCCUUCGGCAAAUUAGCGCAUUGAAUAUCGAUAUUGUGCAGUUACCGACGACGCUUUCUAACCUCCAAGGUAAAUUCAGGGCCAAGAACAGUUUCUCGCACAUACAGAGGCUUCACAAUAUGCUGUAUGCAUAUGGUGCCACUGUUGUUGAGAUCGUACGGCGCAAGGAAUUUGCUCACUUUUUCUAUCAGCGCGCGCAAAGCAUUUUGGAAGUAAUGGCGAAGCUGUCUGCAAGCGAGCGGAAGCGCCGACAGGUAUAUAGAGGGGAAGUACAUGGCCAGCUGCCCUUCGAUACGAAAGGAAUAGAUGAUGUUGUACCGACCAUCGAUUUCUCUCCUUCCGGUAGCAAAGAGCCGACGUAUUCGCUGAACCGAGAAGAUAUUGAUGUGCUGCUUCAAGUCCUAAGUGAUUUGGAGUCAUGGGCGCGAUCAAGUUCAGACCCUGUAGCGAUGGGCUCAGUACAGGAAGCAAGAACUGCAGUGGAUAAGGUCAUAGCCAAGAUGGAUAAUCUGGAGGCCGGGUUCGACCGUAUCGCCGAGCGUUCUUUACUCUCGGCGUCACGCCUGUCCUCGUCACGCAGAAGGCUAACAGAAGCAGACGAACACGCAUUUCAGGAACUGGCUGAGCAACUGCGCGAAACGCAAGAAGCCCAAGUAAACCAGGAAAAACUGAUACAGCAAGAGCGGACGUCCUUUCAGGCUGAAAUUCACCGACUCCAUAGCGACCUUCAAACUACUGAAGUCACCUCUCACUCCGAGCGGGAACGCGCAGAUAUAAUGGAGCGUGAGCUGCACCAAGCCAAAGCACAAAUCGAAAGCGAAGCUGCAGCCCGGCGCAUACUGGAGCGCCGCAACUUGGAGUUGGCCCAAGACCUCGAAAAAGAGCGGCAGAAUCGUGUUCUAGCACUCGCUGAUGCAACAGAACAGACACGUGCAGUCGAAGUAUUAAGGCAGGAGUUAUCACAAGUCCAUUCACAAGCGGAGGAAGUGAAAGCUUUGGAAGCUAGGAACGCGUCAAAAGUUGCUCAGCUGGUCGAGGAGCAAGCAACCACUCUGCGGAAUUUGGAGGCAGCACGUGCUAGAGGGGAAAAUCUGGAGACCCAGAUCCAAACCGCUCGCUCUGAAUGCGAGGAGGUGAACAGAGCACUGAAGAACACCAACAUGGAGAAAGAUAGAUUGCUUCGCUUGCAGGCUAACGAGCACGAUCGCAUCAUGCGGGAUCACAUCGCCGAAGCUGAUGGCGACCGGGCUGUUCUUGAACACCAAUUCUCGGAGCUAAGAGCGCAGCUUGAAGAUACUGAACGGCAGCUGAAGGAGGCACGCUCACAAACUGAAUUGACCAAUGCGGAUGCUAUGGGUCUACGGGAGGAGCUCCAACGGGUCGAGCAUGAGCUUCGGGAGGCAAGGCACAUAGAGAGAAUUCUCCGAGAUGACUUGACAGCUGGACGGGCUUCCCAAUCUGACUAUGAGCAUCGAUUGGAAAACAGUGGUCGUCUGGUUGCCCAAAUGCUUGACGUUGCGAUUGCUUUCCGAAAUUCUCAUUGCAAAGCGCUUUCUCUCGUUCAUAAUCUCACUAGUCACCCCAGUUCAUCGAAGCAGGUACAGUCCCUGGCCGAAUCUACAUUGACGUACACCCAACGCCAUGGGGCGCAAGCCGACGAACCCUCUCCAAUUGAUCCAUCGGAUCUUCUGGGUGCUCUGGAAUCAUUACGUGCCUUCGAUCAUGAUCAUUUCUUGGAAGCAGUGACCAGAACAGGCUCCAUUAUCCGGAAGUGGCAGAAGCAAUGCAAGGAAUAUCGAGAGCGCGCGAAGGGCAAGAUCUCUUUCCGGAAUUUCGCUAAAGGGGAUUUAGCAUUGUUUCUUCCAACUCGAAAUUCCAUUUCAAAGCCUUGGGCGGCGUUUAAUGUUUCAUUUCCGCAUUACUUCCUUUUGGCUACUGGCCACCUCGCCGAGCAGCUGAAAACGAGAGAAUGGAUCGUGGCAAGGAUAACGUCCAUCACAGAACGCGUUGUCGAUAGCAAGGAUCCCUCCAGUAAUCCAUAUGGUCUAGGCGACGGUGUAAAGUAUUACAUGUUGGAGGUGGAGGACUGGACUCAAGCAGGUCAGGUGAAUAAGCGGAGACCUGCCGUCAGAAAGGUUUCAGCGUUAUCGGAUCCUGAAACAGACCGCAAGACAAGCUCAGAUCCGCCCGAGUCUCCUCCUAGCCAAUCCCCAGCCCCUCCCCAAUCUGAAUUUGAGAGUGUUUUCAGUGCUACCCAGCCUCCUACAUCAUCGUCCUUCCCCAUCAGGGCAAGAGCGAACUCUACACCCAUUGCUGGUCCGUCUUCAUUGUCUCGUCUGCUUGCUCAAGCCCCUCCUGAGAGUACACUGGAAAUCAUUGCACCCUCACGGGAUGCUUCUCCCCCCACUACCCCUCCUCCACCGCCACCUCCUCCUUCGCCGCCGGCGCAACAAGUUGAUCUGAAUGUACAACAGCCUGCGUCAUUAACCCAUGCACCAUAUGUACCAUCUCCACUGCGCCCAGGUUCGCGUGCAUCCCGUGGUUCCUCGUCCUCUAGGUUCUCCGCGGUGCGGCUCCCGCCACUUGCAUCUGUCUCUGCUUCGCCCGCUGCCGUGAAAGCUGUGGCCACCACCGCUUUGACGGAACAUAAUUUAUCCUCAAUAUCUCCUCCGCACGAAUUUUCGGCCGACGGAGGACCGCCGUCUCCACAAGGCUCAGUGUCCGAAGGGAUGACCAGCAUCUUUCUCAACAGACGUCGGACUACGUCUCACCACGUCCCUCGGUCCUCUCCAUUGGCGUCUAGCAAUUUUUCAGGCGCACCUUCUGCAUCCGCUACUAGCACACUCGCCAGCUUGGCCAGCAAUUUCGUGUCUUUCGGGAGAAGCAAAAAGGUCGAUAUGCCUGCCCCUAUCAUCGAGGCUGGGCAUCGCGAUCAAGCCGGGGGAAGUGAGGUGUCAGCCAGAGACAUGCUGAGGCGGUUUUAGGUCACAUCCCAUAGAUAGCUCUGGUUGAAAUAUAUGCAAUGGGGUGGGUACUUCUGUCCACGAUCGCUGUCCCCUCUUGAUCGAUGCGGCAUAUACUAGUAAGCGCUAUUACUGUCGAGAUACGCACC